GGACAAUAAACACCACAAAUCACAUUUGCAUCCCUGAACACUAUGAAGACAGUUGCUGUCCUUCUGCUACUGACUGGACUGUUGGCCUGUGGACGAGGCUGGAAGAACGACUAUGAUGGGAAUCUAAAUUUUAACUGUCCUGCAGGCCAGUCGAUAUACUCCAUAACGAGUGAACACAACAAUAAGCGUGAGGACCGGCGUUGGGAUCUCACCUGUCAAGCCACCUACGGCCAGAGUGGACAAUGUCACUGGACAGGUUACAUCAAUGACUUCGACCAAGUGAUCCUCUUCGAGUGUCCAGCACAACACGUGGUUGCAGGAAUGAGCAGCUUCCACAGCAACCCCCAUGAGGACAGACGCUGGAAAUUUUACUGCUGUAAAAGUUCAUGUGUUUCUACAAGCUGUCAUUGGACCACGUACGUGAACAACUUUGAUGAGUACUUUCACUGGACUGUGCCUUCCCGUAACGUUCUGGUGGGCAUUCACAGCUACCAUCAAAAUCGUCAAGAAGAUCGGCGAUGGGCGUACAAGGUCUGUGUCAAGUACAAUGUUUGAUUUCAAGAGUCAAAACUCUCUUACAGUUCAUGAUGAAUAUUCUCUCAUGAUCCUCUGAAAUAAAUGCAUGUUGAAAACGAA